CCGGGCCGGAGCGGGGUGACAGACAGGACCAGGAUAGGCCGGAAAGGUCGAAGGUCACCAUGGGGGAUCAUGCCAUGAGCUUCUUAAAGGACUUUCUGGCCGGAGGCGUCGCGGCCGCCGUGUCCAAGACCGCAGUGGCCCCCAUCGAGAGAGUCAAACUGUUACUGCAGGUCCAGCACGCCAGCAAGCAGAUCACCGCAGAGCAGCAGUACAAGGGCAUCAUCGACUGCGUGGUGCGAAUCCCCAAGGAGCAGGGCUUCCUGAGCUACUGGAGGGGGAACCUGGCCAACGUCAUCCGCUACUUCCCCACCCAGGCCCUCAACUUCGCCUUCAAGGACAAGUACAAGCAGAUCUUCCUGGGCGGCGUGGACCGCCACAAGCAGUUCUGGCGCUACUUCGCCGGCAACCUGGCCUCGGGGGGUGCGGCCGGGGCCACCUCGCUCUGCUUCGUCUACCCGCUGGACUUCGCCCGAACCCGGCUGGCCGCCGACGUGGGCAAGGGCGCUGCCCAGCGCGAGUUCAACGGGCUGGGGGACUGCCUCACCAAGAUCUUCAAGUCGGAUGGCCUCAAAGGCCUCUACCAGGGCUUCAGCGUGUCCGUCCAAGGCAUUAUCAUCUACAGGGCUGCCUACUUCGGUGUAUAUGACACCGCCAAGGGGAUGAUGCCAGACCCCAAGAACGUGCACAUCGUGGUCAGCUGGAUGAUCGCUCAGACGGUGACGGCGGUGGCCGGGCUGGUGUCCUACCCCUUCGAUACCGUCCGGCGGAGGAUGAUGAUGCAGUCGGGACGCAAAGGGGGAGACAUCAUGUACAAAGGCACGGUGGACUGCUGGAGGAAGAUCGCCAAAGACGAGGGGUCCAGAGCCUUCUUCAAGGGGGCCUGGUCCAACGUGUUGCGGGGGAUGGGCGGCGCCUUCGUGCUAGUUUUGUACGACGAGAUCAAGAAAUACGUCUGAUCUCCCGGCUCCGGGGCCGCUAGACGUUUCCUAGGGAAAUGGAGGGCUGCUCCAGGCAGGCCAGGAAGCCACGGGGUCACAGUGGAAGGUCACGCCACGUCAACCCGCUCCCUUCACAGGCAUCUAAUCCCGCACGUGUAACGUAGCCUAGCCCGCGUACAGUAACCCGUGUUCCCGGUCACCUGCCGACACCUACCCAAAUAAAGACGUGAUAACAGAGUG